AGAAAUUAUUCGGUAUGACAAAUCAGAAUCGCAAUAAUUGUGAAGCGGUAAACGUCUCGCAAGGCGGGAGAGAAAUCAGCAAACUAUAUAGAAAACAUCUGUUUGUUGCCAACGGAGGCGCAGCGACCAAACCAUACGAAUCCCACUCAACAGAGACUCAUCAUAUAGCUAAAUAUGGCUACUGCUCACCUACCCAUACAGAAGUACAAAUACUAUGAGCACAACGGCGAGCCGGGCUGCCAGGGGCUGGACGAGGUGAAUCGCAUGUUCCGCAAUUUCUGGGAUCCCACCGCCUACUGGAUGUGCGAUAAGCAGGGCAAGCCUGCUCGCUUUCUACGCUGCCCCAAAUCGCAGCUGUACUCCGAGGAACUGGGACGCUGUGUGCACUAUACAGAAUGGAGCUGGACGGAUCCCAAGGAGCCACCAAGCCGUCCGACGAGCUAAGCCAAGGGCAUACAGUUGAUCCGCCAGCUCGCACACUCUCAUUAUUUAUACAUAUAUUUAUA